AUGGCUCCUCAUCGUCUAGAGGCCAACGUUGACGGCCUGAACAUUAAAAUAGCUAUAGAUCGAGGCGGCACCUUCACAGAUUGUUUAGGUAUUGUUGAAGGCCGGGAAGAUGACAUUGUCGUCAAGCUGCUUUCGCAAGACCCUUCCAACUACGCAGAUGCUCCAAUCGAGGGUAUUCGCCGCAUCCUGGAACAAGCCACAGGAAAGCCAUUUCCAAGGAGUGAAAAACUGAGCACAGGCGACUUCUCUAGUGUCAGUAUCCGAAUGGGUACUACUGUUGCCACGAAUGCACUUCUUGAGCGCAAAGGCGACCGAGUAGCACUUUUGAUCACAAAGGGAUUUAAAGAUGCUUUAGAGAUCGGCAAUCAGUCGCGACCUCAUCUAUUUGAUCUCAAUAUUCGAAGACCAGAUGUUCUGUAUGAGGAGGUCGUCGAGGUUGACGAACGAGUGACCAUUGAGGAUUACCAGCAAAACCCAACACCAAACAAAGAGGCUCUGGCCGCUUCAUUAGAUUCAGACCCACAGCUAACGCGUGGUGUCAGUGGUGAAGUUGUACGAGUUUUGGAGAAACUGGACGAGGACAAGGUCCGGAAGGACCUUCAGAGUUUAUAUGAAAAGGGCUACCGCUCAAUUGCUGUUGUCUUGGUUCAUUCAUAUACAUUCCAAGACCACGAAUUGGCCAUCGAGCGCAUUGCCAAAGAAGUUGGAUUCCCCAGCAUUUCGCUCUCCAGCCAAUUACUUCCUAUGAUCAAAAUGACAUCUCGUGGCGCCUCUGCAACCGCCGAUGCCUAUUUGACACCCGUCAUUCGACGAUACAUUGACGGAUUCCGUUCUGGAUUCAAAGACGGAUUGCGGUCAGAAGAUACCCGAUGCGAGUUUAUGCAGAGUGAUGGUGGAUUGGUGAAUUUCGAAAAAUUCUCCGGUCUACGAGCCAUUCUAUCCGGUCCUGCUGGCGGUGUUGUCGGUCAUGCCCGUACAUCUUUUGAUCCAGCAGACCCUAGACCCGUCAUUGGAUUUGAUAUGGGAGGAACCAGCACUGAUGUCUCUCGAUAUGAUGGAAAGUUCGAACAUACUUUUGAAAACACCACUGCUGGUGUGACGAUCAUGGCUCCCCAGCUCGAUAUCAAUACUGUGGCCGCCGGAGGAGGCAGUGUCCUCUUCUGGAGACAUGGCCUCUUUGUUGUCGGCCCUGACUCGGCCGGAGCGCACCCUGGACCUGCAUGCUACCGAAAGGGCGGUCCAUUGACCGUGACAGACGCCAACCUGUUCCUCGGUAGAUUGCUUCCAGAGUACUUCCCCAAGAUUUUCGGACCCAAUGAGAAUGAAGCACUUGAUGUGGAAAUCACCCGACAGAAGUUUACAGAACUUGCACGUCAAAUCCAGGAAGAAACUGGCCAAGCAAAAUCUCCAGAAGAGAUUGCCCUCGGUUUCAUUGAGGUUGCUAACGAGUCAAUGGCCAAACCAAUCCGAGCAUUGACAGAGGCUCGAGGAUACGAAACCUCCGCACACAACCUUGCAUGCUUUGGAGGUGCCGGUGGACAACACGCUUGUGCUAUUGCCACGUCGUUGUCGAUCCAGACAGUCAUCAUUCACCGUUACUCGUCUAUCCUUUCUGCAUAUGGUAUGGCAUUGGCCGAUGUCGUUCAUGAAGCACAGGAGCCAGCAUCAGGAUUCCUUGACGAACAAUCCUUGAAAACCCUCCGUGACCGCAUCCAAGCUCUCAAGACCAAGGUUCAAAGCGAGCUGGAAGCCGACGGCAUACCAACCGAACAAAUCCAUCAUGAAGUUUAUUUGAAUCUACGCUACCAGGGUACUGAUAACUUGUUGAUGAUCUUGGAUCCUGAAGAUGGCGACUUUGCGGAAGCUUUCAUCCGAGAACAUAAGCGAGAGUUCUCAUUCACAUUCCCAGGACGUCCUAUUGUUGUGGAGGAUGUGCGUGUCCGUGGAGUCGGAAAAUCAUUAUCUGUUGCACCGGAGGCACCCCAAGCUGAAUUGAAGGCAACCAAAGCUAUUUCUAUCGGAACUGAAAAGCAAGAUGCCAGCACAGCCGUUUAUUUCACAGGGGUUGGACAUGUCACGACUCCAGUCUUCUUCUUGGGCAACCUACAACCAGGAAGCCAUAUUAAUGGUCCAGCAAUGAUUAUUGAUAAAACACAAACCAUUGUGGUAGAACCACAUGCUAACGCCACAAUUCUAUCACGCCAUGUCAUCCUAGACGUUUCACCCCAGAAGAAACGCGCUGCUGGCGAAGAAUCCACCUUGGUUGUUGAUCCAAUUCGGCUUUCGGUGUUUGGCUACCGAUUCAUGUCGGUCGCUGACCAGAUGAGCCGUAUGUUCCAAAAGACUUCGGUGUCCACUAAUAUCAAGGAACGACUUGAUUUUUCAUGUGCUGUUUUCUCUCCAGACGGAAAGCUGGUGGCCAACGCUCCAAACGUCCCAGUCCAUCUUGGCAGUAUGGAAUAUGCGGUUCGUUAUCAACACGAGCAAUUUGCCGAUAAACUACAGCCUGGAGAUCAUAUUUGCACCAACCAUCCUUUGGCAGGAGGAACUCACUUGCCCGAUAUUACUAUUAUCACACCUGUAUGGGAUGCUGAAGGGAAGCAGAUUAUUUUCUAUGUGGCGUCAAGAGGUCACCAUGCCGAAAUCGGAGGUAUCCAACCUGGUUCUAUGCCUUCGAACAGCAGACUCCUCUAUGAAGAAGGUGCCAUGACAAUGGGAUUCAAGAUUGUUUCUGAGGACCGCUUCAAUGAAGAUAUUGUGCGAAAGUUCUUGUAUGACGAGCCUGCUUCCUUCCCAGGAUGCAGUGGUACGCGUACCUGGAACGACAACGUAUCCGACUUGAAAGCUGCUAUUGCUGCUAACCAGAAGGGAGCAACCCUUCUUCGCGGCUUGGUCGAAGAGAACUCGCUCCAGGUUGUGCACUUUUAUAUGGACGGCAUCAAAGAUAAUGCUGAGGUUGCCGUGCGCGAGUAUUUGAAGAAAGUUGGCAAACAAACAGGAGGCAAGCCAUUGAAAUUCUCCGAUUUCAUGGAUGACGGAACAGAGAUUCGCCUAGAGAUCCGGAUAGACACGGAAACUGGCUCGGCCGACUUUGAUUUUACCGGCACCGGACGGGAGACUUUCAACUGCUUGAAUGCGCCAAAGGCCAUUGCACAUUCAGCCAUCAUCUACUCUCUGAGAUGUUUAAUCAAUGUUGACAUUCCCCUUAACCAAGGUUGUCUCGCGCCUUGCAACGUGAUCAUUCCAAGCGGCACACUCCUCAAUCCUUCCGGAAAUGCAGCUGUCUGCGCAGGUAACCCCAUUACCUCACAGCGUAUCACGGAUGUGGUACUGGGAGCUUUCAACGCCUGCGCUGCCUCCCAGGGUUGCUGCAAUAUCAUAUCUUUUGGAAUGGGCGGUAUGGAUAAAGAUGGAAAUGUUGUCCCUGGUUUCGGUGUCGGCGAGACAAUCUGUGGUGGUUCAGGAGCCGGACCAGGCUGGAACGGCACAUCUGCAGUACAUUGCCAUAUGACCAACACCCGCAUCACAGAUGCCGAAGUCUAUGAGCUGCGUUAUCCGGUCAUUCUUCGCCAAUUUUCCAUCCGCCAAGGCUCUGGUGGACGGGGACAAUAUAACGGUGGUAACGGUUCAGUACGAGAGCUCGAGUUUAGAAUUCCCCUGUCGGUAUCAAUGCUCAGCGAGCGACGAGUCUAUCGCCCGUACGGUAUGGCAGGUGGUGAACCUGGACAGGCCGGAUUGAACUUGUAUGUGAGGAAGGAACACGAUGGCUCCGAGCGUACAAUCAACAUUGGAGGAAAGAUGGAGCUGAAUGUACAGCCCGGUGAACGUAUCAUUAUCAACUCACCUGGAGGUGGUGCCUGGGGCUCUCUCAGCGACGCGCCAGAAGUUGCUCCUGGCAAUACAGCGUGGAGGCCGAAUGUCUUCGAGCCUCGUGGAAGUGUUCACGCAUUUACAGCAAUGGCGGAGGCAGCACAGUAG